UACCCCGGGGUGCACUGGGGCCUGCGCAGAGGCGAUCGGUAGCGCGGGCAACGGCGGGGGCGCGUCAGAGGCUGGGGCGCUGGAGACGUCGGGCUGCGGCCCAGGAGGCGGGGCGCGGGAGGACCUGGCCGCCGCCCGGCGCUGAAGCCGCCUCCUAGGAGAUGUGCCCUAGCCUAGGAGUGCGGGGAGCGGGUACGGGAGCCUCUCCCUUUGCGGCGCCCAGAGCCCGGCUCCGAGAGGUGCGGCGGGAGAGGCCACGUUGGUUGAUCAGGAGCCGCAGACCCGCCUUAGGCCGCUUCUCCUUGGGAAUUUGGAGAAGACCCACUGCCAGUCCGGAGGCCGCCGUGAACGCUGGGCGUCUUUUGAAGAAUGAUGGUUUCGCUUGAGAAUGUGGUCUGUCUGAAGAAGGCUGGGAAAGAACAAAAUCUGGUACCAGUCCUCCUCCAAACAGACACCCUCUGCAGCUGAAAGCCUCGAGAGCGAGCGCUCUCACGCCCCCGUCUCCGGUCCUACCCGCGCCCGAGGCGGAUCUGUUCUAAAGAUAUUUCUGCAAGUUCUGGAUUUCUGGCUGUACGAGGGUGCUCCUGGGUCCCUCCUCUCCUGCCUUGUGUUCCUGAUAGAGGCAUACACUCAAACCUACUCAAACCUACUCAACUUGCUGCCUCCCAGGGAGGCCGUACUUAAUUUCAGAGAGGAGUCAGUGUUUCAGAGCUGUCCAAGUCACAUUAGCCUCUAGGAGCCCCCAGGUUCUGGUGCUGCAGGAACAUGCCAAAGCCCUGAGGGCAGGGGACUGUGAUCAGAGGAGGACCACACAACUGUGAAGCCUCUCAGCAGAGGUUCUGGCCGUGUCCUCACCGGAAGUGGACAAGUCUGAUCAGGUGGACAUCAUUAUGCUGCAGCAGCUCUUGAUCACCCUGCCUGCGGAGGCCAGCCCCUGGGUGAAGUUGCACCAUCCAAAGAAGGCCAAGGAGGGGCUGCCCCUAUGGGAGGAUGUGACUAAGAUGUUUGAAGGAGAAGCUCUGCUAUCUCAGGAUGCUAAUGAGACCCAGGGAGAAAGUUUAAAGGAUGAAGGGACUUCUGGGGCCCAGACAGCAGAAUUCCAGGAACGGUUGACCUUCAAGGACAUAACUGUGAACUUCACCCAGGAGGAGUGGGGGCAACUGACCCCUGCUCACCGGAAUCUGUACCGAGAGGUGAUGCUGGAGAACUACGGGAACCUGGUCUCAGUGGGAUAUGAAUUUUCCAAACCUAGGGUGAUUUCCCAGUUGGAGAAAGGAGAAGAGCCAUGGAUAACAGAGAAAGAAGGCCCAGGACAUCCCAGUGCAGACUUAAAGAGUAAAACAGAAACCAGUAUGUCAACUGCAAAGGAACAGUUAUAUCAAGGCAGUAUGAUGGAAAGGUUCAUGAGGGAUGAUGUAAUUGAUUCCACAUUGAGAAAAGUCUCCAAAUAUGAUGAGUUAGAAAGGCAUCAGGUCACCAAUGGAAGAGAUGUAAGACAAGCCAUCUUGCUCCACAAGAAGAGAGGCCAAGAAACUAACAAAUUUGGGGAAAAUAUUGUGAGUUCAAAUGUUAUUAUAGAACAGAGGUACUGUAAAUAUGACACACUUAGAAAGAGGAACAAAUACAAAUUAAAUCUGAUUAAUCAUCCAACAAGUUACAUAAGAACAAAAACCUAUGAAUGUAAUAUAUGUGAAAAAAUCUUCAAGCAAACCAUUCAUCUUACUGAACACAUGAGAAUUCAUACUGGUGAGAAACCUUUCAGAUGUAAGGAAUGUGGAAGGGCCUUUAGUCAAAGCGCAUCUCUUAAUACCCACCAGAGAAUCCAUACUGGUGAGAAACCUUUUGAAUGUGAAGAAUGUGGCAAAACCUUCAGACACCGCUCCUCUCUUAAUCAGCAUCACAGAACUCACACUGGAGAGAAACCUUAUGUAUGUGAUAAAUGUCAGAGCUUUCGACAAAUUAGACACUUAAGUGAACAUAUAAGAAUUCAUACUGGGGAAAAGCCCUAUGCGUGCACUGCAUGUUGUAAAACCUUUAGUCAUCGAGCGUAUCUAACACAUCACCAGAGAAUCCAUACUGGGGAGAGACCCUACAAAUGUAAAGAAUGUGGGAAAGCCUUUAGGCAGAGGAUCCACCUUAGCAACCAUAAAAUUGUUCAUACAGGAGUGAAAGCAUAUGAAUGCACACGGUGUGGGAAAGCCUAUAGGCAUGACUCAUCCUUUAAGAAACAUCAGAGACAUCACACUGGAGAAAAACCUUAUGAAUGUAAUGAAUGUGGAAAAGCCUUCAGCUAUAAUUCAUCACUUACUCGGCACCAUGAAAUACACAGGAGGAAUGCCUUCAGAAAUAACGUGUAAAAAUAGAUUAUAAAACAGAUUAUCCAACAUGAGAACAAAAGCCAAGUUUAAAUCAGUGAUUUUAUGCUUUUAAUUUUCAGAACUCUAAAUGUGAGUUAUUGAUAUAAUGAUGCCAACUUCUAAUUUUGCCCAUUGUGUAAAUAAACACUACAUUGAUAACUACUAUCUACACUUCCAUACAAAGCACUUAAAAAUAAAGGAUGGUCCUUCCAAUUAAAUUCAA